AUGUUAAGUGAUCAAGCAGUUGCACGUCGUGAACGAACAAAAGAAAAACGUACACGUCGUGAACAACGUAUUCAACAUAAACGUAGUGAAUUUAUUGGAAAACAUGAUGAUGGCGUGGCAGACGAUACACAGCCAGGUGUACAAGCAGCAAUUCAAGAAUCCGUACAACAGCAUCAACAACAGUCAUCAACAAAGGGUGGUGAACAUAAAAAAUAA